CUCCCUUGUACAAUCCCUAACACGGAAACGCCGGGAAAGACAAGAGAACUAUCUAAAUGUUUUGAGGCAGAAUAUACCUUCGAUAUUUGACACACAGUUCUCUGAGGGGAAAACGAUUCCAGACAUCCGUCACGAUGAGUGGGAUAGAAGAUGUCACCAUGGAGUCCUUGUCGUUGCCGAUGUCCCUUGACCUAUCCCAAGAAACUACACAGGAAGAAGAAACAAGUUGUGAGUCUGACUGCUCUGGGGAUGAGCUUGUGCAGGAGGGAGACCUACAGCCAGGAGUAUCCGAUGAUGUAGACCUCUUUCCGUUCACAAAGAUUUUCAAUAAAAUAGUUGGGAACAGGCAACCUCAGCAUGAAAGGAGACAGAGUUCUUCCAAGUCCAGAAGACCAUCACACGACGAGGAUGUGUAUGACUUCACCUACCCACAACGAGGUCUAGCAGUGAUCAUCAACAAUGAGAAAUUCCAUUCCAACUCUGGGAUGAACAAACGACCAGGGUCAUCCUGUGAUGCUAUGGAUCUGAAAAUGGUCUUCAAACAAAUGGGUUUUAAAGUGAAAUCCUACACUGAUCUGACUGCAGAACAAAUGGUUUUGAAGCUUAAGAAAAUUGCUGCCAACCUAAAGUACGACCACACCAAAGCUGACUGUUUCACCUGUGCCAUCUUGUCACAUGGAGAUUCCAUACAGGUGAAACCAAAAAAGCCUCCUUAUGAUGUGAUGCAGUGUCAAGACGUUGUUUUUGGAGUUGAUGGAGUGUUGGUUCCAACGGAAGUGCUGAUAGACCUAUUCAGGGAUCGCUACUGCCCAGAGCUUGAAGGCAAACCACGACUCUUUUUUAUUCAGGCAUGUCGAGGCAGUGAUCUGGACAAAGGGGUGGACAUAACAGUCUGGAAACCUGUGAAACAAUCCAAAAAACGGCAUCGCCCACAUAAAAGUGGUGACUCCUCUGUAGAGGGUGCUCCAUGUAAGAAGUCACCGCACAAGGUGACAGAAGCUGGCGACAUGGCUGAUGACGUGCUGGAUGAGAUGUCUGUUGACAUGGCACCUGAUGACAUCCUCCUUGAUGAGGCCGGCAGCCAUGAUGACACAGAUUCUGGUGAAGGGAGUUCAAACAUUGUUGUUAAGCCAGCACCUUUGUUCAAGGACUUCUUAGUCAUGUACUCAUCUCCACCGGGAUACUUCGCAUGGAGACGUACAACAGGUACCUGGUUUAUACAGAGUCUAAAGAAGGCAAUACAAUCAGCUGAUCUCUCAACCACGUCUCUAACAAGGUUACUGACAGCUGUCAGUGGCAGGGUUGCUAUUGGUUACCAGUCUCAAAAUGACAAGGCCAAAUGGAAAGAUGGGAAGAAACAAGUGCCGUGUGUUAUGUCCAUGCUCACCAAGGAUGUUUAUUUCAGACCUAAAAAAUGAUGACAUAUGUUUUGUCAAAUAUGAGAUAUAUGUGCAUAGUUCAUAUACUUUGUUUUGAUAUUUUUAUGAAAAUGGUUUGUUUUUAAGUGUUAGAGAAAUAUUUUGAGAAGGCUCACAUAUUUUAUGAAAUAUGCCAUAAAAUACCCCCGGUAUUGACAGUGCCUUAUAAACCUCUAGUGAUGUCACUCUAUUGUCUCGCCAGGGUCUUCUUUUACCGACUAAACCUCUACUGGUAGUUUACCGGGCAUUCCCAGAGUAAGCCCCGGGCAUUCCCA